AUGACGAUACUGGGCUCUGCACUUGCGGGGGUAGAUCUCCCAGUUACCCUUGUGUCUCUGCUUGUGGUUUCCGUUCUCUACUUCUGCUAUGUUACUGUGUAUCGUCUUUACCUGAGUCCAAUCGCUCACUUCCCUGGGCCACGGCUUGCAGCAUGGACUUACUGGUACGAGUUCUGGUACGAUGUCGUUGCUGAGCCCGAGUACACCUUCAAGAUCGGCCGUCUCCACAAGGAAUACGGUCCCAUCGUCCGCAUCAAUCCGGACGAGAUUCACAUUGCAGACCCCGACUUCUAUGACACAGUCUAUGCUGGCAGUGGACGCAAGCGAGACAAGUGGGACUGGAUCACCCGGUCUUUUGGCGUUGAUGAGAGCUUGAUCGGCACACUCAAGCAUGAUGAGCACCGCAUUCGUAGGGCUUCUCUUUCCCCGUACUUCUCCAAGCAGAGCGUGCGAGCGCUGCAGCCACUGAUUGACCGCAACAUGGCGAUCCUGCUCGAGCGCCUGCGCCAGUUUGCCGAUUCUGGUUCACCUCUGAAGCUGGAUGAUGCUUACGCAGCACUGACGAACGACAUUGUCGAGGACUACGCUUUUGGAAGAAGCGAACACCGUCUAGAGGCCCCAGACUUUGAUCCAUCGUUCCGUGACGCAAUGCUGCAGGGCGGGAAAGCUGGACAUGUGCUGAAGCACUUCACGUGGCUGAUGGACCUGCUGAAGAAGCUUCCCGACUCCCUGCUGCUCAAGCUGAGCCCAGCAAUGGGCGCGUAUACUCAGCUCCAGGCUGGGGUCAAGCGCCAGGUUGCCGAGAUCCAGCACGCACACCAGACGCACACUUACGACAAGACACGCCGCACCAUCUUCCACGAGAUUCUCAACAGCAAGCUCUCAGACUACGAUAAGUCAACUGAUCGUCUCUGGCAAGAGGGCGAAGUCGUCGUUGCUGCAGGGACCAUCACUACUGCCUGGGCGCUGGGCGUGUCGACGUACUUUGUGCUCGCCGCUCCAGAACUUUUGCGUCAGCUCAAGGCCGAAUUGGAGACUGCCAUUCCCGACCCUUCACAGCCUCUGAGCCUCGUUAUGCUUGAGUCUCUGCCCUUCCUUACUGGUGUGGUCCAAGAGGGCGUGCGUCUUAGCCACGCCAUCUCGCAUCGCCUGCACCGCAUCUGCCCCGAUGAGACGCUCGUCUACCGCGAUACUGGCAACGAGCGCGAGUGGCACAUCCCGCCUGGUACACCGCUGAGCAUGACCAGCAACCUGGUACACCAUGAUGAGCGUGUCUUCCCCGAUUCGCACGAGUUCAAGCCCCAACGCUGGGCUGAUAACCCCCGCCUCGACCAUUACCUGGUGUCGUUUGGCAAGGGUGGUCGAGCUUGUCUUGGAAUCAACCUGGCUUAUGCAGAGCUCUAUCUUACGCUGGCGGCGCUGUUUAGGGUCUAUGGUACCGAGGAGGUCAAGAGCAAGGAUGACGUUGGGAUGUUGCAGCUGUUUGAGACGAGUGCCGCUGACCUGGUCAUUACAAGUGACACUGUUCUCCCUGUGAUGCCCGAGGACUCUAAGGGGUUGAGAGUGAAGGUAUACCCAAACACUAAGCAGUAGUCUAUUCACUCGUGAGUAGUAGUAUAAAAAAUCCAACGAGGCCGAGAUAUGGCCCAAAACGAGCAAAUGAGUUUAUGUGGCGUCGUUUCGAGAUGCGUUCUUUUAGUCAAUUCC